AAGUGCCUUGUGUUUUACUCAUACGCAUGCGCAAUUAUUCCAGAACGUGCGUUAUGUUUUGGUAACGGCGCAGUCCGUGUAGGUUUAGCUUGCAUAUCCACGGGCUCUCAGUCUCUUUGGCUUAAAGUACCGCUACAAAAUGUCGGGCGGGACCCAGUUGGAAAACGCCAACCCGGUCAUAUUCGAGCGGUCCGGCGAGAGGUUGCUGACGGCCGCCGACGAGGACGAAGACGUCCACGACCCCAUCGACGACAGGGAAAUCUUUGAUCUGAUCAGAUCAAUCAAUGAUCCCGAACAUCCGCUCUCUCUGGAGGAGCUCAACGUGGUGGAGCAAUUCAGAGUCAAAGUGAACGACACCGACAGCAACGUGGACGUGGAGUUCACGCCCACCAUCCCCCACUGCAGCAUGGCCACGCUCAUCGGCCUGUCAAUCAAAGUCAAGCUGCUGCGCUCGCUGCCCGACCGAUUCAAGUUGACCUCAACAUUCUGGAAAACCCUUCUACCUAUAUAUAAUGCAUUUUUACAAUGCAUGAUUUUGCUUCUACCCAUAUGAUCAAAACAUGAAGUAUGAUCUGUAUUUUGUUCGUUUUUUUUUCAAAGAAUUAUUCUGAAGUUAAGCACUUUAUUUGAACAGGUAAUCAUUUUUUUUUUUUACUUGCUCUUAUUUUGAAAUUCACAGCCCUACUUUUAUUUAUAUGCGAAAACACACAGUUGUGCUCAUAUGUUGGAUUAACCAGGCAGAAUUUGUAAGAUGGGUGCAAUUCUUUUAAGAAAGCCUGUAGGACCAGGUGAAACGCAUUCAAUUUUAUUUUAAUGGGAUUCAAAUUAAACGGUCAAGCAUUUCAGAAAAGCUUUAUCAUCUAACAAAACAUAACCAUAAAGAAAAUAAUGAUGGUUGUUGUUCAGUCAUAUUAAACAAACAAACAAACAAACAAAAUGUCACAAAUUCUGCCAGGGUAUGUAAACGUGCACAACUGUACAUAUAUGCAGUCAUAUGCACCCCUGUCAUAUUGGAAUGAAAGUGUAGGCUACACCUUUUUACACCUCAAGGUGCUGGUGGCAAAUUAGAAUGAAAGUGUACACCUUUCUCAUAACCUGUAGCUGGUAGUGGCAUUUUGGAAUGAAAGUGUACAGCUUUUUUAUAGCCACUCAAUGGCGGCCUACAUUGAUCAAAUGUGCAAGUUUUUCCCUUUUGCCCCUAUACCUAUGUAUAAUGUGCAUUUAUUGGAGGGGAAAAAUGUGCAUUAUACACGAGAAAUUACGGUAUAUUGUCAC